AUGAAAUUGAACGCUAACCUACUGAGCUUGGCCGCUUUGGCGGCUUUCCCCAGCAUGGCCAAUGCGGCUCCUACUCCAGAUUGUGCUACCCAAAGCGGUUGUAUUCAAUUCACGGUUAACAAAUUGGACUCUGAUUCCUGCGGUGUAGGAGACUGUGCUGUUGAAGUCUGUAUGGAAGUCAACAGUAGUCUUCCUGGUUGUGUCAAAUCUGAUACUUUCAGCCACAUGUGCAUGCAGAGUGAUACCUCUGGUUGCCCAGCAUGGCAGGAUGAAGCUAAGACCAUUCCUCUUUUGGGAGCUGGCGGCGGGACUUGCGAGAGUGGAAAAACCUACGGUGAAGGCUCUGGUUCUGGAACUGCAAUUUUUGCUGGAAAGUGUGAAGGCAAAGACGAUAUCACGAUGUGUCAAGAGGGAGCCCCUGGUCAGACUCUUUACUGGAUUCUUAAAGACGGAAAUGUAAAAAACAACCCCGCGGAAGAUAAGACCUUCACCUUGCCCUUCACUGUUAAUAAAGCAGACGCGGGAUGUACUGGUGAUGUUCGAUGCUGGAACAACGAGUACAAUUGUGGCGCUUCGUUUAACAAGGCCCAAGCUCCGAAGGAGCGUACUUGGGCUUUUACCAUUCCAUCUUCUGAUGGAGGCUCUUGUGAUGCCUGUGGAUCAAGCCCACCUACUACACCCAACCCACCUCCUCCACCCACCGCACCCACGCCCAACCCACCACCACCACCUCCCACCGCACCCCCACCAACUACACCUAUUGAACCUGCCCCAACUCCACGUGUUGGACCUACACCAGCCGCACCCACACCAACUGCGGAUAAUACUACACCUACACCAGGAAGCAAUGGAGAUCCUCACUUCAAGACAUGGAAGAACGAGCAUUUCGAGUACCACGGGCAAUGCGAUUUGGUCCUUACCAAGGACGCAAACUUUGCCGAUGGCCUUGGUCUCGACAUUCAACUCCGUACCAAGUUGGUUCGCUACUGGAGUUACAUUCGUAACGCUGCCAUCCGCAUUGGCCACGAUAUCAUCGAGUUGGAAGGAUCUGACGAUCCACAAGAGCAACACGUUCGAUACUGGUACAAUAUGCAAUUUAGAUCCGAUGAAGCGAAGACUUUGGGUGGAUUCCCCAUGAUCAUUCGUCGAGCCCACUCCAAGCUAACCAAGAUUGUAAUCGACUUGGACAGCAAGUAUCCUGGUGUCAAGCUUGUUAUGUCCACCUACAAGGAAUUUGUCAAGGUGGAGGUGGAAGGAGCGACCGAAGAAGCCUUUGGCAAAUCUGUUGGAUUGUUGGGUGACUUUAAGACUGGAAAGACCCUUGCCCGUGAUGGCGAGACUUACGUACAUGACUUCCGUGACUACGGAAACGAAUGGCAAGUCACCCCGAUGGAGGACAUGCUCUUCCAUUCUACGGAAGAACCUCAAUUCCCCAAGAAGUGUCUGGAACCCGAGGAUCCUCGUGGAGACCGUCGUCGCCGUUUGGACGAGUCCAAUAUCACUAUGGAGCAAGCCGAGAAGGCCUGCUCCAGACUGAAGGAUCCUUUGGACCAAAAGGAUUGCGUCUAUGAUAUCUUGGCCACCCAAGAUAUGGGAAUGGCUGGUGCCUUUUAG